AUGAAAGUCGACUUAGGGAAGAAGCUGGUCUUCCCCAAGAUCGUCCAAACUACACUGAGGCCGGACAUAGUGAUAUGGUCCACCAAACGCAAGAAGCUGGUGACAAUUAAAGUCAGCGUCCCAUGGGAAUCAAGGUGCGACAUGGCAUAUGAGCGGAAGAAAGCCAAAUACACCGAUCUCUUAGAUCAGUCAGUUCCCGCGGUUGGACCAUGGCUGUUCCCGAUCGAAAUUGGCGACAGAGGCUUUCCCGCACAAUCACUGUGGAAAAAGCUAAGUGCCCUAGGAAUGAGAGGAAGAGAGAGAAAGAGAGCUGUUGAGAGACAGCAGCAGAGAGAGCUUCUAGCUGGCUAUGGAUUAAGAGGGAGGAGAAGAGCUGGCAGCUAA